AUGUUAAGGACAACUGCCAAAACUUGGGGUAUCAGAUCAAGCAUGCUCAAACAAUGGUACCAUGCAGUGAUUGAAAAGAUCAUAUUAUACUGCUCAGGUAUCUGGGCCUGUCACCUCACUAAGCCUGAGCGUAGAAUGUUGAUAUCCAUGCAAUGUCUCUUCCUAUUGAAAAUUACACGAUCCUAUCGUACUACUUCAAAUCACGCCUUGAUGGUUCUAGCUGGUGUUCCGCCUCUUGAUCUCACUGCAGAGAAAGAGGCCUUUCUUUCAAAAAUACUACGCCUUCAACGUGAUGCCGAGUUAUGGUCCUGCCACUUUUCUACAAUAGACUUUGAACAUCGGCCCUCCAAACCACUCUGCCAUCCUGCCGAAUUUGAUCUGCCUGAUUCUAUCUUCACAUCCUCUCAACAGCUUCUGCCUAACUUCAACAUUGAGAUUUAUACUGAUGGAUCUCGUUCUCCGACAGGUACAGGUUGCGGCCUCUGUCUGUAUGUGAAUGGCACACUAACACGCACUUGGAGAAGAAGACUGAACACUAAAAACUCCGUCUAUCAAGCAGAACUUGUUGCCAUUAAAAAAGCAAUAGACCUAGCUUCUAAAUUUACUGCUCGCACCAUCAUUUAUACGGACUCUAAAUCCAGUCUUGAAGCCUUACAAAACAUGCAUCCUACUAGCUCGCUGGUCCAUAUUAUUCAGCAACUUCUUCUUCAACUGCCCUCUAAUUACCGUCCCAUUCUCCGGUCCCUGGACACAGCGGGGUUUUGGGCAAUGCACAUGCAGACUCUAUAG